CCGUCUCUGAUGUCACAGCCACAGAGAGAGAGAAAGAGAGAGAGAGUAGCGUAGCAAUGACUCGACGAAUCCGAUAGAACUCUCUAUACGUUUGCCCUCAGUUUCUUCGUCCGUGCUUUUCGUUUCGUGAUAGAAAACCCUAUUUCUCUCGCACUCGCACUCUCUCUGUCUCUGAAUUCUCACGUCUUCGAUGAGCGAUUAACUAUUCUGAACUGCAAUUUCGGACGCACUUUGGUCUUUGCAAAUUGUUUGUGAAUCUAGAUUUCCUUCAACUGCGAGGCAGGUACAGACUGGAAAUGGUGAACGGUAGCCGAGGACGACGCAGGAUGGCUUCCCGACAAUCAAGGGUAGCUCCAUAUCGACUGCCUUCUUAUAACUCGGAUGUUUCAGUGGACUUGUACCCUAAGAAAUGCUCCAAGGCUUUGGAUAAAAAGGACUGGGAAGAUGUGACAUGUUCUGUAUGCAUGGAGUGCCCUCACAAUGCUGUUCUUCUCCUCUGUUCCUCUCAUGACAAAGGUUGUCGUCCUUACAUGUGUGGAACUAGCUUUCGGUACUCCAACUGCCUUGACCAGUACAAGAAAGCGUAUACUAAAGUAAUCUCAUCGAAUGAUGGACAAGAUGUGCAUGGCUCUGUCAAUAAUCCCAUUCUGGUACCAGAUUCCAGUGGGCCUGUUGAGAGGUGUGAAGUCGCCGAGCUUGCCUGUCCCCUUUGCAGGGGCCAGGUUAAAGGUUGGACUGUGGUUGAACCUGCACGAGAAUAUCUAAAUGCAAAAAAGAGAAGCUGCAUGCAGGAUAACUGCACAUUUAUUGGAAAUUACAAGGAGCUGAGGAAGCAUGUAAGGGCAGAGCACCCCUCUGCACGGCCACGCGAAGUGGAUCCCACGCUUGAACAGAAAUGGAGACGGCUUGAGCGGGAGCGGGAGCAUGAUGAUGUGAUCAGCACAAUAAGGUCAACAAUGCCAGGGGCAAUGGUUUUUGGAGAUUAUGUAAUAGAAAGUAAUCAUAAUGGGUUUGAUACAGAUGAAGAGGAUGGGGCUUUUGAUGUAAAUGCUGCAGAGAGGAAUGGGGGCUUUGAGGUGGGCUUCGAUAGUAAUCUGGUGAAUGUCUUUCUUCUGUUGCACACAUUUGGACCGUCAGGGAAUGACCUUAGUAGACGGCUGAGGCAGCCUGAGAGGAACUUUCACCAUGGAUCAGAUCAGAAUGGUGUUGGCAUUCACCAUACAUCUCCUGUGGGUGGGUUAGUUUCCUCUGAUCAAGAUGACAAUAAUAACAGCGAUGAUAAUGAUGGUGGUGGGUCACUGGUUAGCCGCCUCCGCCGACAUGGCAGAGUAUUGUUGGGACGAUCAGGCAGGAGACGCAGACGUAGAGAAGGCGUAAUGGGUCAGAGGUAGAUAUAAAAAAAAAAAAAAAAAAAAAAAAAAAUGGUACUGGCAAAAGGAGGGAGGAGUGGGGAAAAGUUGCUUAGGUAUAUAGUUUUUCAGUAGGGGAAAAGAAAUUAGAAAAUAACAUUGAGGAUUUGACUUUGUCACAUAAAUGCAUUGAGCCAUUAAUUACUUUUCAUUAGUAUUGUGCCGUAGAUUAGCCAGGAUGAUGAAAGGUGGAAAGAUGGCUUUGUUUCUUUCCCUGUUGUGUAAUUCUUUUUAGAUGUAAUUUCCUAAUUCAAUCCUCCUCUCGUUUUCAAUUACGGUCAUCUCCCAAGGUGACAUUUAUCUAUGUAAAAACAUGUGAUUUGCUUCCAUCACCAACCGACAUUGUUUUGAAUGUCAUGCAAUGAAUCCAAUUGCAAUUUGCAACA